GAUGAGAGACUUCAUUUCCAUAACACCUGAGCACAAGGCCACAUUUGGAUUAUUAUAACUACUGGAGCACCUGGCUCGCAGCCUAAGACAUGAAUGCCGCAGUAGCAGCACCUGGAGGCACCAAGGCCGCUCCCCCCAAGUUCAAGCAGAAGGUGACCAGGCAGUUCAAGAGCAAGGCUCCCAAAGCUGGACAGAAGGGAUUUGAUGAUGUUCCAGGAAUGGAUGGCCUUGGAGGUGUGGAGGUCAUCUGCCCCUGGGAGGCGUUUGGUGACAUGGAGCUGAGUGAUCUGGCUCAGUUUGGCAUCGUCUAGAACUGGUGCCACAUGGAAACAGUUUAUUCCUGGUGGCUGCAAUCCAGCAGCUUUUUUCUUUGUUUUGCUCUCCUCAGGGAUUCUCCCCCAUUUCGGGUGAGUAGAUCAGCCUGAUAUUGAUACCAUUUCAGAACGGCUGAUGAGAGGAGAGGGAUUUUCUCUCUCUCCUUGAUAAUGGAGGAGAAAGCUCUUGGACAGCAGCCCCCAAGGAUGACUCUUCUCCUGUCCUGGGCCACGUCUGCACCUCUUCACCUGGAAGUUUUACCAUCUCUCUGAGCUCUGUAUUAUCUUUGUCUACAUCUGAAUGAAGUCUCAGGAAGUCUCUGUUGUAGCCUUGUUGUCCUGUUUAGCCCAUCACCUGUGUAAAAGUGUAACACGCUGUACCACUGCUUGGGUUUAACUACAGGGACAACAGGGGAACAAUUAGGGAUCAACACAUCUUUAAAGUGGAGUAGACUAUCUCAAGACAAAAACAAAGUAUCUAUCUAUCUAGCUUGCUAGCUUGCUAGCCAGCUUCCUAAUCACAUCAAGUAGAGUUGUGUGCUUUGUGUUUAUGUUGUAUAU